GGCGUGUUUUGGAUUUCAGAUUGACUUGCAGCAGAGCUGUGAGUUGUUCGGUCACACAAAACGCUUCCCUCCCUUCGAGUUCUCUGAACGCAAACUCGAACGGAGGUACGCAAAUUCGAGUUUGCGUUCCGAGAGGCGCUAAGUCCCGUUUGUCACACGAUUGCACGAAGUCUCAUGCCCAGCUUGCACUUGGACACGAGUUGUGACACUGCAACAGGAAAAUUUGUUUUACUCGAGAGAGCCUUGCGUAUCGGGGAGAGGCCUCCUGUCGGCAAGAUUGCACGAAGUCUGAUGCCCAGCACGCAGUUGCACACGAGUUGUGACACUGCGACGGAAAGAUCAGAGACUUGCGUAUCGAGGAGAGGGACUCCUGUCGACAAGAUUGCACGAAGUCUCAUGCCCACCACGCACUUGCACAGUAGUUGUGACACUCCGACCCGAAGAUCAGUUUUGCUCUAGAGAGCUUUGGGAUCGAGGAGAGGUCAAGGUUACAUUUCUCCCGCGCAUGCCAAGCAGCAAACUUUUCUUUCUCUGCCAGAGUGGAGGAGAGAAUGGAAGGUGCAGGGCCAUCUAUCGUCAGUGACCCUGCUCAAGUCGUGACACGGGAGGUGGACUCUGCAGACGAGGAACCGGAGCUUUCCUCCGACCUACAAGACUUUAUACGGCGUCUGGAAGGAAAAGGCGAGCCUAUAACUUCGCUUACAAAUUUCGAGCCGUCAUCGCUCUCGACGAUCUUAGGUCCGCGAAGCCAAAUGCGCCUCCGAGUGCUGAAGGCAAUCGGCAACUGCAACACCCUUGAGUAUCUCGAAUUAAAAGAUAUUUGUGACGGAGAUAUAUCGACGUUGACGGCUAGCGAGUGGGAUGUCGUUUUGAGUGGAUUCAGGUGUAGCACCGUACUUCGAGAGAUAAGGAUUUCAUUCUUGAGGUGGAGUUCAGACGAGGAAGUGGAGAGGUUGUGUCUAGAGCUGGGGAGAAUUCUGAAUACGUCUACUGUAAAAUAUUUGCAAAUCAACAAUUGCAGAUUGAGUGCAAGAUGUUAUUUGAAUCUCGCAUCAGGAAUGCGAGGAAAGUCUGAAACUAAACUCGAGUCUUUAGAAUUACAUGACGCCGCGUGGGAGGACUCGAGUGCGGUGAAGCAUGUCGCUGACAUGAUCAAUAGUGCUACUCGAUUAGAAAUGCUGAGUUUAGGUAGCACAUCUCCGAUACUCAUAACAGUGAGGAGUUUAAGCAACACAGCUCUGAGAGAAAUGGGCUGCGACAUGAACGAGAAGGUCGUUCGAACCAUGUCCCAAGCUAUAAACGAGAGCUCGUCUUUG